AUGCUCAACUGGAUACCCAUCGACAUCACUCGGAAACACGGCAAUGUAAGCGAUAUACCGCAAGACCAUCGACGCGGUCACUGGAAAAAACACGGCGAGUCCCCUUUCCCGACACCCGUCGCGCUCCAUGACGCUAGCCUGUUGAUUUGUUGCACCGUGUUGCGGCGCAUAUUCACCGUCACUGCUCUUGCUACUAUCCUCGAUUCUAGGACGGCAGGACGCGCACCAGAGCGGCGCGCACGAGACCACCCAUUUACUAGGCACACAGCCGACAUAAAGUUCGUCACCGCAGACGGCGUGGAGUUCAAAGUUCACUCUGUUAUCCUGUCCGAGGCAUCUCCGCUAUGGGAGAGCAUGUUCCGUCUCCCGCAGCCAAGUGAUGCAGAGGGAGAGACAUCCAGCGAUAUACCCUCCAUUGAGGUCAUCGAAGACAGCGUGACGAUCAACAACCUCCUGAGCAUGUGCUACCCCAUGCAGCGUCCCGUCCUGUACGAUCUUGACGAGGUGCGCGAUACACUGAAGGCCGCAAUCAAGUACGACGUACCGCAUGUCAUCACGCUGCUCAAGGAGUCGGCGCUGUCGUUUCUGCGCGCUGCACCGCUCCGAGUGUACGACCUCGCGUGCUACAACGACUGCGAGGACAUCGCAUUGCAAGCUGCCCGAGUGGUACUGUCGAACAGCUCCCAGUUGGGUGCGCGCUUUCCCAUGCUGUAUAAGAGAGACAUGGAGCACCUCACAGCAGGCUGCUACGAGCGGCUCCUGGGAUAUUGCAAGGCGGGCGGGAGGGUAGACGAUAAGUACAGGUUCUGCUCUCCACAACCCGACCAAUAUGCAGCCACAGAGAACCACGAGGGAGCCGAAAACGAGGAGAACCUUUCAAACUUCCUCCGCCCUCAUGCCUACGACAUGGCCGCAGCGGACGUGGUCCUGCGUUCCAGCGACAGCGUGGAAUUCGAAGUGCACAGACUGGUGAUGGCCGCAUCAUCUCCCGUCUUUCGGGAUAUGCUGUCGCCCUCGUCAGGCAGACCUGCGGAUGCCGCGCCGGUGCAGCUGUCCGUGCCGGCUUGCGUUGUCUCGCCCUUCCUGAAGCUGUGCUACGGACAACUCAGCGACGAGAUCGUCCUGCACGACGUCCGCGAGGCGCUCCUGCUGUAUGCGACGGCACAGAAGUACCAGGUCCCCUCGGCGCGGGUAGACGCCCAAGUCGACGCGCUGAUAGACCGCGACCCGCUGCGCGCGUACUUCGCCGCCUACUGCUACGAGCUGGAGGCACAGGCGAACUGCGCGGCGCGGAAGCUCUUCGGGCGCGAGCUGGUGCCGGGGACGUGGUGCCCCGAGAUGGAGACCGCGCCCGCAUUGGCGUACCACCGCCUCUUUCGUUUCUUGCAGGCCUGCGGCGAGAACGCGGCGCGCCUCACGAACGACGUGCGCUGGCUCCCUGCUCUCUGUGCAUUGCGUAUAAACUCAAGGUGCGUCGAGAAACGGCAGCCAGCGCCUUCGGACCCGGAUGCGAGGCCGUGGACCGGCGUGGUCCCGACGUGCUGGUGGACGCCUCUGAUGCGGGAGCACAUGAAGAAGCGGCUCACUGCGGGACUGGAUAUCCGCAUGGAUCGAGGAAUGAGUCGCCGGCAAUGA